AUGUCUUCGUCAAAUCCAGCCGAACCCACCACUGCUUCAACGGAAGAGGAUGCCGCACAAUUAGAGGCAACCAACAGUGUUUAUUCAAUCAUAGAUAAUGAUGAUCGAGGAUUAUUUGAAAAAUCUCAUGAUCAAUCAACCAACAAUAAUAAUACCACUAAUACUAUGGAUGAUGAUGAGGAUCUCUCCGAUGUAGAAGACGAAGAGGAUGAUGUAACUUUUGUUGUAAAUUCAUCAACCAGUGCAACACCUGCUGCAUCCACAACAACAACAGCAACAACCACACCUUCUCAAAAUACCACCGCAUCAUCAGGAAAAGCAGUGUCGGAUUCGACUCACAUUGCCAUUGGUGCUUCUAAAAACGCAACGGCGACUAAAGCUCAAACAAACAAAACCGUAGAUGAAAAUACUAUGAAUGGAGAUGAACAAUUCAAAGGAAGUAAUUAUGUACCUCUUUUUGAAUUGAAGAUGAAUCAGCAAGUCUUUACGAUGGAUAUUCAAAAUUAUGAAGAUAAACCUUGGAGAAAACCUGGGGCAGAUAUUACAGAUUACUUUAAUUAUGGUUUUAAUGAGGAAACAUGGGAUUUAUAUUGUAAAAAGCAACGAGAAUUAAGAGGACUGUACUCUGCAGCUGCUCUAAGCGAAGAAGCCAAGAGGGAUCAAAAUAGACCUACGGCAGGUUCGAACAGGUCUAAGGAUGACAGUAUGAGAAGACCACCUUCCGAUUCAAGACCUCCUCUUUCACCAGCAAGCACAACAAGCAAUAGUAGUGACAGAGAGGACAGACGAUAUCCUCCCAUGGAAAGAAGAGACGAUAGAAGAGAUGACAGAGAUUACAGAAGAGACGAUCGUGGAAGUAGAGGUGACGAUAGAGGAGGUUAUGGAAGAAGAGACGAUCGUGGAGGUCGAGGUGAUGAUCGAUUGCCUCCUCCAAGAGACGACCGAGGAAGAUCAUCAGCAAGUAGACCCAUGGACUCACCAUCUUCACUUUCUAAAAAAUCACCACCUAGAGACGACUAUAACGACAAAAAACGACCCAAUUCUGCAAUUAGUGAUUCAAGAAGAGAUUCAUCUAGUUCUGGAGGAGCCUCAAGUAGAGACAGCAGAGGAGAUUCCAAACCUCCAAGCUCAAGCUCUGGAAAAGAUAAUUAUCAGUACAGUGACAGAGGUGGAGGUAGAGGUGGUGGUCGUGGUGGGUCCUAUGACUCUAGAGGAGGUGGAGGCAAUGGAGGACGAGAUUCUAAAAAACCAAAACGUUAA